GUCAUUGACUUCAGCAUGCUACUAGAGUGAAGCUCUUCUAUUCGACCGAUAUUUAAUAACUGAUGGUUCACUUGCAAUUAUUGAUUAUGGGCAGAACACCAUAAAGUUUCCAUGUCUUGGCAGUCUUGACAUGGGUGUACGGAGAUGUAUCCAGUUGAGGUCCCUAGUUACCAUGGUGACGAUGUGCCUGCCUUUCCCCUUAUCAUUGGCCAAAACAGUGUACACAGAUCGCUAUGGUGACUGUUUCCAUGGGGGACCAAUAGAGGUGGAGGAGGAAUAUACCAUUGUGUCCCGAGGCGGGGAUGCUUAUGACACUCUUAACUGUGAAAUGACCUUCAAAACACAGACAAAUAAUAGAAUGUGCCUGAGUUUUAAGGAGGUGGAGAUAAAACGAUGUGAUUUAAGUCUCAACGUAUACGCUUCAGAUUCGUCAAAAGGAGCACCUUUGAGUUCGGUGAACUGCCAUUCUCGUGAUGACCCCGACCUUCCCCAGACGGUCUGUAGCUCGUCCAACUACCUCACAGUGAAGAUGCGCAAGCAAGAGCUCUCGCGGGAUGGAUACUGGUUCAAACUGGAGCUCAAGAUCCACUCUAAAAGUGAUUAUUUUGCAGAAGGUGCGGACGUCUAUGUCGUGGGUUUUUCCACAGUAGUUGGAGUCAUAGUGGGAGUUAUUGCCCUUGUUCUCAUUGCCGCCAUUGUCAUUGUGUACUGCUGCUGCAAGCACAGGGAGCUCACAAUUUCAAGAAAAAAAUCGCGCACAUCAUGCAGGACUGGACUGACAGAUGUCCCAAUUUUAGAGCCUUCAGCUCCCCCAAUACGCGACGAACCCCCGGCCUACCAUGACAUUCCUCCACCCUACAGUGCCAGUGAGGGAGGGUCCUCCCCCAGCGCCCCUGUGUUGCCAGCGCCCCAGGGUAGUAAUGAGUAUAACAUGAUGCCAUAUCCAACAUCACACAUUGAAACAGAGUGCAGCGCUGAAAUAAAUUUAAAGGUACAGACUGAUAUUCACUGAAGUUCCCACUUAAACCACCCACCAGCGCAAUUAACGUGUGAAAUGCUGUCAGAUCUUCAUCAGCUGCUUUCACUGCAGACAUAAAACUAGAGCCACUUCAUGGGACAAUGAAUCUUAUGCCAGAUGUUACCAGUGUAGCAUCAGUCCAGCCAGUGAAGUUGCGCUGUCUGCUGAUGAGCUGCUUUUAAAUCAUUAAAGGUUUUGCUGUCUCAAAUCAUCAAAUCAAAUUUUAUUUUAAGUCGGUACAUGUGUAACAAAGAAACAUUAGCUAUGAAUAGCUAUUAACCAACAUUUACAAUAAUAACGAUAAUAACAUGCAUAUUUAAAACAAAACAUCAGCGUUAAAUGAUACAUAAUCAAUCCUAUAGACUAUUAAGAUAUGAGGUAUUUAAAAACAAAUAUAUUCAUACAGCGACAAAAUUAAAAGAACUGGCAGACUACAAACAUCACAAAUAUUAUUGAAAGAAAUAAUAAAUUUAAUUUAAAUGUGUUAAAAUGUGUCUCAUAAGCGCGCAGGGUAGCCUUUCAGAGUGCGCAAAUAUGCAGGCUGGUCUGGGGCUACACUGAUUAGCAUAUGGCAUUAGACCCAUUUUGGAAUGAUGCAACUCAACUAUAAACAUUUGUAAAUUAUUCUCAGAGGCAAACAAUCUUUUUUAUGCCCCCCUUUUGAAGAAGGUAUUUGUUUUGCUGGAUGUCUGUCUGGAGACCAGUUUUUUUCCGAGCAAUAACUCAUCAACAAAAAUCGACUGAUUGGCUUGAUAAAUCACAUGUGCAUUUGGCUUUGGACAGUAGAUGACCCCAAAUGAAAUUGGGGUUACCAGGUCAACAGUUAAGGUUACUGUCAAAAUAAGUGUGAAACUCUUUUCAGAUCAAUAACUCGUCAACAAAUUGACUGAUUGGCUUAAUACUUCCCAUGUUUAUUUGCCUUGGACAGUAGAUGAUUUCUAUCUUAAUUGGGGUCACUAGGUCAAAGUAGAUAAUUUCUAUCUAAAUUGGGGUCACUAGGUCAAAGGUCAAGGUCACUAUGACAGUAAGUGUGAAAAUCGUUUCUGAUCUAUAAGUCGUCAACGAAUCGACCGAUUUGCUUGAUACUUCACGUGUGCAUUGGCCUUGGACAGUAGAUGACCCCUAUUGAAAUUAGGGUCUCUAGUUUAAAGGUCAAGGUCACUGUGACAUAAAGGGUAAAAUUGGUUUCCGUUCGAUAUGUCAUCACAGGUUGUGUGAUGGAUGUCAAGGCCCUGUUUUGGGGGCAUCUGUCUGACCCGGUAGCUCUUGUUAUUUUUAGUAUUUGCAAGACUUAUUUUAUAUAGCAUGUCAACGUUUAUAUUAGUUUACUUAAAAUGUUCUCUCCUAAUUAUGUUUUUUGCAUAAUUAAAAAUAAAUACUGAUUAAUAAAUUUAACUAGUUCUGUAAUAAGUACUGAAAAAUAAAUGAUUAAUUUUAAUAUUUGGUUUAAACUAAAGUAAGACUUCAACUUUUUAAUAACUGAUUUUAAUAUUGUUGUUUUAAAAUCACUUAGUGUUAAUGUUUACACUAGAAAGUAUUAUUCUUUUAAUAUCUUUGAUUUUUAAGUCUGUUGUUGUUUUUUGUAAAAUUUGUAAUUUAAGUUUUUACCAGAUGACUGAGACAUUAAAAUGGCAGAAUACUUAGGCAAGUAUAAAAGCACAUUAAAAAUAUUAUUGCCUUAAGGUAGGAAAAUUAAAUUAAAUUGUUGUAUAUACCGGUAGUAUUAAAACGAUGUUAAAUUGUGUACACGAUGCAUUGUCAUGACAUGCGCAAUCAUGUUCACUAUUUGAUCAAUUUGUGUAAUUGUUGGAAAAUUGUAUUUAUGCCUCAGUUCAAAGUAUGUCUAAAAACUGAAUGUGUUGUUGUUACUUGCAUAUAUAUUGUAGUCCGUUGUUUAAAGAUGUAUCACAGAGUUUUCAAAAAAGUUUCUUAUGCUGCUAUAAUUAGAAGGUACUAUACUUUUGUCGGCAUUAUUUAAAUAAGUGCAGUUAAUAAAGAUGAGUGUAGAUGAUUGCUUUGUUUUCACCUUUGUUUUUCUUGAAAUUUCUAGUCAUUGCAAACCGAUUUUUUUCUUUCUCAAUAUUAUUCUAAAGAUAGUUACAAAUAUGCAUAUUUAUUCAUUUCGUUAUUUGAAUAAGACUUAUUUUUCAGAAAUGAAAAGAUUAUUUUGAUACAUUUUUCAUUGACAUUAACAUUUCAUUUUAGAAUCCCUUUCUUGACUUGAUAAGAUCCACAUGUUCAAUAUCAUAUGCCUUUGUGUGUAGAAUCUAUGUAAUAUACUAAUUUUACCAAAUGGUAUUAAUCUACCUUGAAUGUUAAAACAGUCCAUGUCUUGCUAAUUAUUUAUUUGCAUGUUUUUUUCUAUAAUAUACUUUUCAUACAACAGUUUGGAUAAAUAAGCAUGCAUGUUUGAUAUUUACGGGGUAAAGUUUUUUGCAAUGCUAAAAAUUGACAUUUUAUAACUGUAAGCAGCAGCCAUUUUAUUUCCACAGUUUGUCAAAAAUUAAUUUAUUAAUUUUUACAUCAUUGUUUUUAUCACAUAUUGCACCUUUUUUAUAUGUAAUAUAAACAUUACAAAUAUGUUUAUUUUAAACAGGUGUAAUAUAAGCUUUUUGAGGUUUUUUUUAUUCGCAUCAUUUUGUUUGGCUGCAUGCCCAAGCAUGUAACGUUAUUUUGCUGAUAUUACGUUGCAACGUCUAGAAAUAUCAAGCAAAUUGAAAGCAAAUGCCCAGUUACAUGUAAUUAUGAAAUUUGUGUAAAUAUUAAUUUAUUUGCAAAUUUUAAAUGAAGUGAUACAAAUAGAUAUAUAAUUUUGUAUGUAAUUUCUUAGCAUCUGCUAUAGAUCAUGAAUUAGUAUUUGAAUAUUUUGGUGUAGUUUUUGUUGUUUUACGCAAAUAAAAUUAAUAGAUAUUGUUCAGAAAGUAAUAAAUAAUCAUUCAAAUGUGCAAUAGUAGUAAUUUUUAUCCAAUAAGUGCAUGUCACUUGCUUAGUUUGUUUGUUUUUGCAAAUAUUGCACAUUUCGUGUUUGAAGAAUGUAUUGUUAAAUAUGUUUCUGUUAUUUCUGUUUUGUGUUUGUUUUAUAGUUAUUUGAAUUACAUAUCUUUAUAGAGUGUUGUGUUUGUUUAAUUAUUAAAAUAGUUAACAGUUAAAAUUAUAUAUUGUUUGCAAGAUGUUGCAUUAUAUUGUAUAUUUUGCGUUAUGUUUUCUCAUGAAAAGAAUCAGUAUUUGUACUUAUUUUGUUUUAUUGUAUGUUAUUUAUUAACUGUUUAAGAAGACAGUGCUAUGUGUUAAUAUUAUUCGGUAUAUUAUUGUUGUUUGAAAUGUUAUGAAUCAAGUGUCUUUUUGUAAAAGCCCUUACAGUGUUUCAGAAGACUUUCCAGCUGUGUCAGUGUUUGAUGGAAUUAUUAAUGUGUAAGCUUCAAGCACUGUCAUGUUCAAUACCAUAGUGUUUCUACAAAAUAAAUGUUAGAGACAUCAAA